UACUUAUUAUCGCUGUUACCCUUGUAAUUAAUUUUGGAAAUAAAAGCUAUAAUAUUUUUAUUAUUUCCUUUAUCAAGCUCUAGAAGGCCAUACCACAGUCUGGGGAAUCAUCAGUGGCAUCGCUGUCCAUCAAAGUCAGCUAGCUUAUCACCAGACCAUCUCAGAAGAGCAGGAGAGGCCCCUGCAGAGCAUCUAUUUGACUCAUGUUGACCCAUUAAGAGUACAGUAGAAGACUCACAGCAUGGGGAUGUCUGCUGGAGAUCCCACUAAAGUGGAGACCUUGGCAAACACCAUUGGAAGAAAUAAGCAACAGGGGACUCCUGUUCUGAAGGGGUUCCUGUUGUUGGACAGGGGAUCAGAUGUUGAAAGUUUGGACAAACUCAUGAAAACCAAAAAUAUACCUGAAGCUCACCAAGAUGCAUUUAAAACUGGUUUUGCAGAGGGUUUUCUGAAAGCUCAAGCCCUCACGAAAAAACCAAUGAUUCUCUGAGAUGAACUCAUCUGAUUCUCUUCGUUCUGCUGCUGUUUGGCAUUUAUGGACUCUUUAAAAAUCCAUUUUUAUCUGUCUGCUUCCGGACAACAGGGCUUGACUCUGCAGUAGAUCCCGUCCAGAUGAAAAAUGUCACCUUUGAACAUAUUAAAGGAGAAUACUUUGAGUUGGACCACCAGAGACAGGAAAGAUGCUUCUUACUCGAGCUGUGGCUGGAGAAGCUGAUGUUCCUUUUUAUUAUUCUUCUGGAUCAGAAUUUGAUGAAAUGUUUGUGAGUGUGGGAGCCAGCCAUAUUAGAAAUCUAUUUAGGCCUGAACGUAGAAGCAUGGAAAUUGACAAUAAAAACAAAACCAUCUCAGCGUAUCAUGAAUCUGGUCAUGCUAUUAUUGCAUAUUACACUAAGGACGCAAUGCCUAUCAACAAAGCUACAAUCAUGCCAAGAGGGCCAACACCUGGACAUGUGUCCCUCUUGCCUGAGAAUGACAGACGGAAUGAAACUAGAGCUCAGCUGCUUGUGCAGAUGGAUGUUAGUAUGGGAAGAAGAGGGGCUGAGGAGAUUAUUUUUGGAACUUACCAUAUCACAACAGGUGCUUCCAGUGAUUUUGAUAUUGCAACCAAAUUGCAAAGUGGAUGGUUACCAGAUUUGGAAUGAGUGAAAAGGGAAUAGCUAAUUUUACCCCUCCCUCAUGUAUCAAAUGAUGAUUUGCCAAGUGUCUCCUUAUGAGACAGGGUUCUUUUUUUAU